AGUGCAUCAACACCAUGGCGAAAGCGACGUCAACCGUGUGUGGAUAAUUUUGUUUUUCGGUUAAAAACUCUUGUUUCACAAUUGUUUAUAAGUGGAAAGACUGUUUAUUUAGUUAUAACAAGUGUUUUGGUUAGAUAAAGUGUUUAUAUCCUGUGUAAAAAGUUAAAAGUUUGGCGAGAAAAGUUGUUACAAACUCCCGGAUCAGUUGAGUUUUCAGGUGUCAACGAGGAUGAAAUUCUCCACACAUUCAACACCGUUUAGCUAAAAUUAACGUUGACACCAUCCCGCCUGUAACGAAUCGAAAUGAAAAAAAGAAUGCAGCGGCAAUAAGCUGCUACACGGGCAAGUGGUGUCUAGCCAUGCAGCGCGCGGGUGGGAGCACGGCCUGUGCGCCAUGAGCCACACUCCUAUAGGCGGCCACCCGCAAGGUUGGGAGCACAAGCUUGCUGACAGGUCGUCGCUGCCGCCGGCUUCAGGCGAGGAGAAGGGGAAAUCUCAGACCAGACAUGUGUUCACACACCCUAAUAUCGCAAAGGUGGGCGGGGUAUGGCGGUCGCAGACGGAGGGGUCGUCGGGAAGCUCCGAGCGCUCGCCCUCGCCGCCCUACCUGCGCUGGGCGCGAACGCUGCACCACCUGCUCGAGGACGCGGAGGGCGUACGCCUGUUCCGCAAGUUCGUGGGCGGGGCCGGCGGGCUGCACGUCGACCGCCUCAACUUCUACUUCGCGGUGCACGGCCUGCGCCAGGAGACCGAGCCCGCCAAGAUCAGACAGGUCGUCUCCGCGAUAUACAAGUUUCUACGCAAGUCUCAGCUAGCGAUGCCCGAGGAGCUCAAGCAGUACGUGAAGCAGAGCCUCAAGGAUGGCACCAACAUCGAGAAGACCAUCUUCGACAACAUGGAACAAGAGGUGACGCGCGCCAUAACGGAGAGCACGUACCAGGCGUUCCUGCGCUCCGAGGCGUACGUGUCGUACGUCAGCGCCGCCACGCAGCCACUCUCCUCGCCCGACCGAUCGCCGCCGCACUCCUACAACAAGGAGUCGAGCGUUGGCAGCGGUCUGGCGACACUCCACGAGGGUCAGGAGCUGGCUGCGGGCGCGGGGAGUGUGGGGGGUGCGGGCGGGCCGCCGCCGCGACUAACGCACGACGCGCUCAUGGCCACGCAGUCGCGGCGACUGCACGAUGUCGCGCCACGGAAGCGGUCGGUGUACAGCGCGCACGUGACGUACGCGGGCUACACGCCGGCGUCGCGCCAGGACUCGGAGCGCGCUAGCCUCAGCAGCGGCCGCGCCGACAGCGACGCCGUCUCGCUCUCCGGCAGCAGUCUGGACGGCAUGUCUAUGCGCGGUGGACGCGAAUGUCGCGAGAGCCGCCACCGGCCGCGGCUGUACGGCCUCGACCGACAUGCCGUUAUUAACAAGGAGCAGGAUUCGGCUAUGGUAAUACCGCGGACGCAGCGCGUGCAGUCAGAACAGCUGCGCGUGCUGCCGCCGGCGGAGUUCGCGCCGCUGCUCAUCGAGAAGCUGGAGCGCGUGCGCCGCGACCGCGAGAACAAGGAGCGCCUCGAGCGCCGUCUGGCCGAGGGUGACGGCGAGGACGCGGCGACGCAGGCGCUGCCGCCGCAGCUGGUGGCCGCCGCCAUACGCGAGAAGCUGCAGAUCGACGACGACAACGACCAGGAUAUAUUAGACCAGCACGUGUCGCGCGUGUGGUCGGAGCGCACGCCGGGCGCGUCCCCGCCGGGCGGGCGGCGGCGACGGCGGCGCGCGCCCUCCGCCCUCUCCGCGGACUCCGGACACUACGACGCGCCCGAACACCCGCACCACCCACACUCGCUGUCGCGCAGGUCGUUCUCUAAGAAGACGGUGACGGAGUUGACGGACAGCGGCGUGUCGGUGGUGAGCGAGGGCACGGCGGGCGCGGGGCCGCGCAUCAUGCUGUGGAUCGCCGAGGGCUCCGAGCGGCUCGCCGAGCGGCGCGCGCGGGACUGCUCGCGAGCGUCGUCCGCCGAGCGCGAGCGCCGCGACCGCCAGCGGGCACGCGGCGGCGGCGGCGGCAGCAAGUCGAGCAGCACGUCUGGCGGCGCGGCGGCGCCGGAACACACGGUGGUGGUCGCCCACUUUCUGGACGAGAGUGUGCCAUACCGCUUCAAGGUGCCGGCCGCGCCGCUCACGCUCCGCACACUCAAGGAAUAUUUGCCGAGGAAGGGAAACUAUCGAUACUUCUUCAAGACGGAGUGCGCGGAUCUGGACAACACGGUGAUACAGGAGGAGGUGUCGUGUGACUCCGACACGCUGCCCAUGUUCGACGGCAAGGUUAUGGCCAGGGUCAAGAGCAUAGACUGAGCGGCUGAGCUGUCCGACCGAUGCCGUGUACGAUCAUGUCGUGUCCGACCGAUGUGUCGUGUACGACCGAUAUAUCGUAUACGACCGACUACAUAUAAGAUCACCACAAGUCUACCUUUGCGAGCGAUGCAGCUUAUAGAGUUGAUCGAUCUAUCGAGCGACCUGUCGACCUAGAAUUAUUGUUUAAAAUCUUAAAAUAAAUAGAGCUCAUCAGCCAAACCUUAAAUGUCGAAGACACCAAUAAGCGCAGAGGAUAAAACCGACAUCAAACGAUAUGUCCUACAACGAAAUAAGUCGGUCGUCCGAUUCGUCGACCGAUAUGACUGAUACGACCAAGCGAAAACUGCCCUCAAUCAAUGCAUACUCAGAAUGAAUCGAAAACAUACGAAUUCGCCUACAAAGUGCAGAUAUACAUACACACAAAAUGGCUCCAAGUGUGUCAUACUAGUGACAGUUAUACAGUGACAUUUAGUGAUGUGACUCUCUCCUAAAGUACAUUGUUUGUACAUAAAUAUAUUUUUAUUGUCUAUAAUAGUCAAAUGUAUGUCCGGCCGAAGCCAUCGGACGCUGUAAAAUAGUGAAAUUCUGUUCCUCAACGAUUUUAUCAUUUUGAUAUAAUAUUUUAAUAGUUCAUUUUCUUAUUUUGAGCUGGUUACGCUUACUACUAUAUAUUUUAAAAAGUGGAAAUUAUCAAUUGUGGUAUGACAAUUUUUUAUAUUUAGUUUUAUUUGAAUGACUGCCUAGUUUGUAUUUUAAUAUAACAGUGGUCGGAUAGAGAUUUGUUUGGAUAGAACUGAUGCUGGCACUUAGCAAAGUAUCCUCUCUGAUACAGCGAGAGAUUUUACUUGACUGCGUCCGAAGAUUUUGGUACCCUCUUAAACCUAAACAGCUUGUAAGGUUGGGUUGCACCAGAGGCGUGGUUAUAGUUAAAGUUAAAUAUGGC